GAAAGUGAUAACAACAGCACAAUUUUCGUUCCAAUUAAAUCGGUGGCGCUGGGUGUUCCGUUUAAAUUUUAAUUCAAAUUUUUAUCACAAUGAAAGUAAUUACGCACACAGUUUUGCUUAUCGCAUUGCACUUGACCGUCGCGAAAAUAUUUGACGAGUGUGAAUUUGCUAAUGAGCUGUACGACAGACACCAAAUUCCAAGGGAAGACAUCUACAAGCAUUUCUGCAUUGUCAGCUCUUUGCACACGGCUAGAAACACUGAGAACGGCUAUAAAGGGAUCUACGCCAUUGGCAGCAAAUGGUGGUGUGGAAAGGAUGCACCUGGUGGCGGUUGCAACGUAAAGUGCUCGGAUUUGCUGGAUGACGACAUCGCCGACGACGUCACCUGUGCCAAUUUAAUUUUGUCGCAACAUGGCCUCAACGGAUGGGGGAAAAUUGAAAAGGAAUGCAAACGUUACGAACAGAAAGCUGACGAAUGCCUACGUUCCAUCGAGAUGCUGAUUGGAUUGAUGGGGAAAGAGUCGGAUAUUUCGACUACGAGUGCAGCACCAACGACAACGGUAAUGACUACGAUCAUGCCGACAACAACAGAAAAUCAAAGCCAGAAUUAUUCGAGCGAGGGUCAUCAUGUCACCGAUUUUCAGAGUACCCCACAUCAAACGUUAAAUGCUUCGUCUGUCCAAUGUUCGUGUGCAACGCAAAACAUUUUGUUAUCGACUAUCGUUGUAGCAUUGGUGGUUGUAAUUGCUGCCGUUUUGUAUAAGUAUCGCAACUUAAAACGACUUGCAAGGUCUGUGCAAAAUAAGGAUUUCGAAGAACAUUUAAUGAUUUAGAUGAAAAGGGGAGAUGUUAUCGCUGUGUUGGCGUUCUGGCGAUAUUUUUAAUGGAAAUGAAAGAUUGAUAGUGAUUUGAGAAGAGAUGAAAUGUAUUGAAAUGUAUGUUUUUCAGUGUUUUUCCUCGGAAGAAUCAGAUUUCUCACGAUGUCCCGUUCAUUAUUCUCAAACAACUGAUGUUGUAUACUUCGUCGAAUUGUUUAGUCCCUUUAGUACGCCAAAAAACCAAUUCAAUGACGUCUCGAAA